CAUUGCAUACGCUGACUGAGCAGUACAGUACACCUGUUACGUGGGCGCUCGACAAAGGCAGUUCUUUUAAAAUGAAGCAAGUCAUCCUCGCUCUCGUAUCGCUCUGCUUCUUCGACUUCAUUGCGCCACAAUGCGAGAAAGAAAACAUGGCGCAGAUAUUUUCUGAAGCUGACGCUGAAUGUAAUGCAAGAUACAGACAGCAAUACGGACUCACUACAGAUUUGGUUCCCGAUACGACAAGAUGCUGCAUGUUGGAGUACGGCAAGGACUGCGUUCCCUUACGACUCAGAGAACAACGAUGCGAUCAACUGAUCUUCACACAUUUUAAGGACAUGAGGAGCAAGCAAAUAGUGGCGGAAUGUGCAUCAUUGAACUUCAACUGCCCUUUUGCAGCAACGUGCGACUCCUCAACAAUAUCCGAGGCCAACACUGACUGCUACAAAAGAUUUGAAAUGGAACACGGCGGCAUUCCCCGAAAACCAAAUGAUCCAAUUGAGCCAACUGGGAAUAUAAGAUUACUCUGUUGUAUGUUAAAAUACAACAAGUAUUGCGUUCCGAAACUCCUAGAAGACAAAGGAUGCCACCCCGCUGCUGCUCUACAGUCUGCGACGGAGAUAGAGACCAGAUUGAAAAAUUGUCCAACACCCAACCCGUUAUGCGUCCCUCCACGACAGUGCAAGCAAAGCUUACCCGACGCCAAAUUCAUUUGCGAGUACAGAUAUAAAAAGGAACAUGGAACCAUAGCUCCAAAGCGUCGUGCAGACCUGCAACCGAGAGAUCAGGGCCGAGACAAGGUGCACAAAAAACGUUGCUGUCUAAUGCAAUACAACAAGGAUUGUGUUCCGAAAAUACUCCAAGAAGAGUUCGUAUGUAGUGAUCCAGAUUUUCUUGAGGUGUUCUUCGAGCAAAUACGAACUGAGUGUGGAACAUCCAAGUGGGACUGUACAGGCGUCCCUGCACCACAGUGCGAUGACGAGCAAUUAUCCAACGCGAGGAAAAUUUGCGAUUACAAAUAUGCGGAUGAGCACGGAACCAUAGCUCCAAAACAUCGUGCAGACCUACAACCUAGGGAUAUGAGCCCUGCUGAGGUGCACAGACUACGAUGCUGUCUAAUGGAAUACAGCAAGGAUUGUGUUCCACGAUUUCUGAAACAUUACGGUUGCACUGAUCCAGAUUUUAUUGAGAUGUUCCUCGAGCAAGUACGCGAUGAAUGUGGAACUUCCAAGUGGAACUGUGGGACUGCACCGAAGUGCAACAAGGAAACAGUGACCGACGCCGACACUGAGUGCGGCACAAAAUACACGCAGGAGCACGGCGUUAGUACUCUAAAACCCAAUGAACAACCAGACAAUGCAGACAAGAGCAACGAGAUGCGCAAGCAACAGUGCUGUUCCAUGGAAUACAGCAAGCACUGUGUUCCCGAAGUGCUAAAAAGGAAAGGAUGCAGUGAUGAGAUUGUUGCAUCUUUCAUUGCACAGAGGAAGAAGCUGAUGGCGGUAAUGUGUGGAACGUCGAUGGGGCACUGUGAUUUCUACAAGAACAAGAGCACUGGGCAUAUAAUACAUCCCAUACGGACUUUGUCAACAUUCAUCUUUGUGAUGUCGGUGGGAACAAGCGGCUUUGACGGCCGGUUAUGGUAUCUGCAGGGUUAACUUACCAUUAUAAAUUAUCAUUAUCAGUUUUAUUUUCUUGAUAUUUUCAAUGGUUGAGCAUCGAGGCACAACGACA